AUGAAACGGAAAGAGAUAGAUCUGGUGAGUGGUAGGGGUGAAGAUCCCACCGUCGAUUGGGUGAAGAAGAAAGAUCCCACCGUCGAUUGUGUGGAGAUUAACACCGAUGAAAUGGUGUUCCGGUGGUCGGAGAAUACCAAGUCAGCUUUGCUGUAUCAAAUAGGCAGUGUUGAUUCAGUGGUGGUGCCUGCAACCAAUUGCUAUGUUCUUGACAACUCUAGUCACGUUUAUGAUUUUAGUAACUGGAAUGGGCAUCUGUUUGAGUAUGAUGGAGGGAGUACUGACUGUGCGAUUCGGUUCUGUAAAGAUGUGGAAACGAGAUCACAAUCGGGAUAUGUAUGUUUUGGCAAAUUUGAGGGCUUCAACUAUUUUGUUGCCGGUUCAGAACGUUAUAAUUUUGUUCAAAAGUUUUACAAUGGUGAUCUUCAACACUGUGAAACAAGUCAUGACAAAAGGGGGCGUACGGCUCAGGUAAGCAUCUGCAGAAGUUAACAUUUAGUCUAGUAUAUUCAGAGUUUAUUCAUUGAUAUGGUUUGUGUUGUUUUUGACUACCUACU